AAUCAGGUCCAUGUGAAAGGGAAAUAUUUGUAUGUAUUUUUAAGCCCAGGACUGGUAAAUGUGUUGUUUGAGUGCUGCAGUUUGUUUUUGGUGCUCUAAAGUUCAGAGUUGUUCAGUAUUACUGCUCUGUUACUUUCAUGUAAGAAAAAACGAAAGAAAGAAAUCAAAAGGAGAAGUGUUUCAGAAGGAUGACCAAUGUGAAGUGUUUUUGUAAACCACAGGCUUUAGCUGAAUUUUCUGUUCUGAUAAAUGACAUGAAGCAGCAGCCUUUCUUCUCAGUCAUGGAGGGCAGAGAGAAGAGAGCGCUUCAUUUCUUGAUCCUCGGUAAAACAGAUUUUCCAUAAUGUUUAAUGCUUUUCUUUAUUGUAGAGACAGUAUGAAAAAGUAUUUCAGACACAGUUAUCAAUUUAAGUAUUCAUCACUUUACAACAACUUUUCUUACAGUAUUUUUAGCCUGAAUAACUGUUGUGAUCAUAUUCUAUGUUUUCAUUUUCCCAUAGUUGCUUAUCUCGUGGUCUCACCUUCACCUUCUGCAGGUCUGAUCAGAUUAGCUGGAUCUGGGUCCACUCGGUGCUCUGGAAGAGUUGAAAUCUAUAACUCUUUACGUCACUCCUGGGGAACAGUCUGUGAUGAUGGCUGGUGGGACUUAAAAGAUGCUGAGGUGGUCUGUAGAGAGCUGGGCUGUGGGAUAGCGCUGCAGACCCAGUGGUCUAAUCAUUUUGAUCAAGGUGGAGUAAAUGCCUUCCGCAGUAAUGUGGGCUGUUCAGGAAGUGAAACUUCUCUAGAUAAUUGUUUUUACGCCACCCCACUUAGUUACAAUUACUGUAACCAUGGUCAGGAUGCUGGCGUCGUUUGUUCAGAAACCCUCCCAGAGCCCACCAUCUCCUUGUACAGUAAUGAGGUCACCUGGGGUCAGGGCAUCAGCAUCACUUGCUCAGUCUCAGAUAAGUUCUCAGGUGGAACUUUUAUCCUCCAGAAGACUUCAGGCUCAUUCAACCGGAGUCAAACAUCCUCUACGAGCUCUGUUACAUUCAACCUUCAUAAUGUGAACUUUGAUCAUGAUGGACUGUACCAGUGUCAGUACAUGAAAACAAGCCGAAGGUUCAGCUCUUCCUCUGUCAGACUCACUGUUACUGUGAGACUGCAGACACCCAGCAUCUCCCUGACCUCUCCUAGUGCAGGUCUGGUCUGGGGUCCUGAAGGUGCAGAGAUCACCAGGGGUUACAGUUUUGUCCUCACCUGCUCUGUUAACUCCAGAUUUUCCAGUGGACGUUUCUUUCUCAUCUUCUCUGACUCCAACAUCACAGACAGCAAGCCAGCAGUCAACAACUCAGCCUCCUUUAGUUUCCCUGUAGCUGAGUAUGAACACCAAGGCAACUACAGCUGUGUGUAUGAAGUCACAGUGUCCACACGGACAUUCAAUUCUACUGCAACAGCACCCAUUACUGUCAUCAUUAAAUUUCCUUGGAUGCUGAUGGUCUCAACUGUAGUUCGUGUGGUCCUGUUGCUCCUGCUGGUCUUAUUGGUGGUCUUACUGGUGCUCAGGAGAAGGAGACAAACACAGCAGGCCCACAUCCACACCACAGUGACUCUAAAAACCUGUAAUGAAGAAGAUGACGUCAGUGAUAAGAAGAGAGGAUCUAUAUGAAUGUUGAGACAGUGAACAUGUAUUGUGAUGAAUUAUUAUUGCUGUUGCAUUUUAGCCAGUCAUAAAUAUGGAGGAAAAAAACAAACAUUUGAACCUAUUACAGAUUACACAUUUGGAAUUUUUGUCUCAUAAUACUGCCUGAUAAACUUCAGUGAAUAUAGUCCAAUAUUAUGUAGCACAAUAUAGUACGUUUGGUAACUGAUUUUUUUGUGUCUGUAAAAUGACAGUGAAAUGUGUUAUUUGUAAUUGUGUGAUACUUUAACCCAGGUGUGUCAAGUCCAUAAAGAGUCACAUGGGGAAAUAAAAAUCACAUCAAUGGCA